AUGGAGAAAACAAUGAACAUUGCAGUUGUUCCUGGUGUUGGAUAUAGCCACUUGCUUCCUAUUCUUCAAUUCUCAAAGCUGCUUGUUAAGCUUCAUUCAUAUCUUCAUGUCAUAUGUCUCAUUCCCACCCUUGGUUCUCUCCCAACUUCCUCAAAAACCAUUCUUCAAACUCUUCCAUCAAACAUCAACUACACUUUUCUUCAUCCAUUACACUCCAAGGACCUACUUCCACUAGGCACUACCUUAGAAACGCAACUCCAGCUCACAGUCUCUCACUCAUUGCCAUCUAUACAUCAGGCUUUGAAGUCAUUGGUUUUAAGGACACCCCUUGUUGCUUUGAUAGUUGAUUCUUUUGCUGUUGAAGCACUAGACUUGGCUAAGGAAUUCAACUUGUUGUCCUAUAUAUACUAUCCUGGAGCAGCUACUACACUUUCUUUGAGCCUUUAUUUGCCUAAGUUGGAUGAUGAAACAUCAUGUGAGUACAGAGAUUUAACAGAACCUGUCAAAAUAUCAGGCUGCGUACCACUCCACGGGAGAGAUCUCUAUGCUUAUGCUCCUACUCUAGUUUUUCUGUUUCUUGUUUGGAAUGAAAUAAUGAUUAUAAUUUGCAAGUUUAAGCUCAUUAUUAUUGAUGACACAUUCUAUGUUUGUGUAACACAGGGAUGUUAG